GAGGUAUGCUAUUUGUUGGAGAACAGGUCACAAAAAACAUCCAGAAGACAAAUCUUCAGGUCAAGCUGCAUCACACUUGGACCUUCCAUUUUAACGAUCAUGCAAUCGGUGAAGGAGAAAACAAUCAAGCGGGAGUUUGAAGUGAAGGAGGAGGACGUCGUCAAUGACGAUGCAUUUAUCGGUGCCACUUACGACCUGGGUGGAAGCGGUUUGAAACAGAAGGUGUUGAAGGGUAUUUCAGAUGAAGAAGUCUACAAAUUGCAAUUCGAUCGCAUAGAUAAGGCUGAAACAUUUUACAACAUGUUAGCUAGAGUAGCCGGAUUUAGUAUUCGAAAAGAUGAUUUGAAGCGAGACAAGAAUGGAGAUAUAAUAUCUCGAAAGUGGGUGUGUUCUAGAGAAGGACAGCGAGCGACAAAGUUUAUUGAAAAUGACAAGCGACAGCGUGAGCCACGAUCAUUGACUAGGGUUGGAUGUGAAGCUGCAUUUCGUGUAGGCUUGAAUAGGAAAGAUGGAAAGUGGAUUGUAAAGGAAUUUAUAGGAGAUCAUAAUCAUAAUUUGGUCGAUGCUAUCAACACACAAUUCCUUCGGUCUCAUCGAACAAUAAGUAAUCCAGAUAAGGCACAAGUUGAUGUUUUGCGUAAAGUAGGUGUUAAAACCACACAAAUUAUGGACUAUAUGGUAAAACAAUCAGGGGGACAUGAGCACGUCGGUUUCACACAAAAAGAUAUAUACAAUCACGUUGAUGCAAUGCGUAGAAGUGAAAUUAAAGACGGUGAUGCAGAAGCGGCAUUGGCUUAUUUGUGUGGAAAGGCAGAAAUGGAUUCUUCAUUUUUUUAUAAAUUCAACAUUGAUGAAGAAAGUCGACUAGCAAAUUUGUUUUGGGCUGAUUCAACUGCUCGAAUGGAUUAUGCGUGUUUUGGAGAUGUCCUAGCAUUUGACACAACCUAUAGGACAAAUGCCUAUAAAAAGCCUCUAGUAGUGUUGGUCGGUGUUAAUCAUCACCAUCAAACUGUUGUAUUUGGUUGUGCGUUAUUGAUAGAUGAAAGUGUUGGGACAUAUGAAUGGGUGUUGGAGACAUUUCUUGAUGCAAUGAUGAAUAAGAAACCCAUAUCUAUUGUAACCGAUGGGGAUAAAGCUAUGCGUAAGGCAAUUAAAAAAGUAUUACCCGAUACGUGUCAUCGAUUGUGUGCAUGGCAUUUGCAACGAAAUGCAUUCACGAAUGUGCAUAUUAAGGACUUCUCAAGCAUAUUUGCAAGGUGCAUGUUCAUGCGGGGGAAUGAAAAAGAAUUUGAAAAGGUUUGGCAUGAAAUGGUUGCAAAUUUGGGACUUAAUGAGAAUCGUUGGGUGACCGAGAUAUAUAGGAAACGUAAAAGAUGGGCAGAGGCGUAUUUACGUGGAAAUUUCUUUGGAGGGAUGAGAACCACACAAAGGUGUGAGAGUAUGAAUGCAUAUCUAAAUAGAUUCUUAAAAAUUCGCUUGCGACUGUAUGAGUUUGUACAACAAUUUGAUAGAGCCAUACUGAGAAUACGGGAAAACGAGGCAAAGGUAGAGUUCGAGUCGAACAAUUCUUCACCCGUGCUUUCAACCAAACUAGCCAUACUUGAAAAUCAUGCUGCGACGGUAUACACAAAAGAAUCUUUCCUUAAAUUUCGUGAGGAGAUGAAAAAUGCUGAGUUAUUCUUUGUGGUUGGUGUUGUAAGUGAUCAUUCAAUGCGGGCAUACACCUUAUCUAAGUUUAGACACCCGAACUUAAAUUGGGAAGUACAAUUUUGCCCGGAUAUUGUAACAUUAAAAUGCUCAUGCAUGAUGUUUGAGUCAAUUGGCAUCCCAUGUUGCCACAUGGUGGUGGUUAUGAAGGUGGAGCAUUUGGAAGAGAUUCCUCAGUCAUGUAUUAUGAAGAGGUGGACAAAGUUAGCAAAGGUGUAUAGAAGAUCAGUACCAGUGAAUGAGACGGAUAACAACAUGGAUCGGUUUGUACGAUAUGGUUCAUUGAGUUCGAUGUGCAACAAGCUCUCCUACUUUGCGUCAGAUACGUCAUCUUCAUUUAUAGAGGCCAAAAAUGAAAUACAAAAUUUGACGGCGAGAAUGGAGGAACUCUAUAACUAUAAUUUGAAAGGAAGAAAAUAGCAUCAGAUGGAGCGACAGGUACUAACCAAGUUCGUGAUCCAAAUAUUGUGAAGACUAAAGGGAAUCCAGGCAAAGUGGCAAUGAAUGUUCAAAAGGGAAGACGAUGCAGUCGUUGUAAAAGAGUGGGUCACACAAUUCGAAAGUGUCCAGAAGCUACAAUCCCUCAAAAUGCUCAGCCGGGUUAUAUGGUAUGUCAUAUUCAAUAAAAAUUGCCCCUAAGAUUAAUUUUUGUAGGUGUAUUAACAUAAAUGACUAACAUAAUUGUUUUGAUGGCAUUAUGAGUACGUAGGAGGAAACUAAUUUGUCUUCCCAAUGUGACAUUCAAAGGGAAAUGAUGCCUUCAACAAAUUCAUCAGUUGACAUUUUUGCAACCUUACAUGGAAUGUUAGGGGAGCAGUUGCCGAAUGACCCAUCUGACAUGUACAUAGAUUGGGGUGAACUUAAUAAUAUAGCAGGAUUUCAGCAACAUGAACAAAGUAUGUCAACACCAUGUGAAGGUGGGGAUCCAAACAAAUAUCCAAAUGAAAAGGAUAUGCAACCUUUUUUUUAUUCCUUAGCGGAGUAA